AUGCUGCUGAAGAUACGCCACGCCCUGCUGGAGGUCACCAGUCCACCGGCCGCGAAGCAGUCCGCGAUCAUUAUUAACAACGAAGUCAUCAUCAGUUCGGGAAGCAUUCUGAAACCACAUUUGGCCGUAGAUGGGGACAAAGGAGCGCAGAACAAGGCAAUUGUUGCCAGACUGCAGCGGGGUCAACUGCUAGAUGUUCAAAAUGAGGAGCAGAAAGAGGAUGCGCAGAUCCGCUCACUACAUUUUGUGGCCACCUUCGAUCCGCAGCAACGACGGCCGAGGCCAAACACUGCACCUGGGUCGCGGAAACCACACAUCCUCUCCCGCUUCACUGCCUAUCCGCUGUACGUGUUCUGUGCGGACGAAGUAUGCCGCAACCUGUACCACAUAUUACUCACUGCUGACUCCGGCGAUGCGGGUGAGGUGCUGCGCUCCAGUUUCGUGGUGCUGGGCCUGCGAAAGCCCGAAAAGGAGGAGUCCUUCAAGCGCUUCCUCGCGCACAUCGCUAACUACUUGCGACACCUGCAGCCCAUGCACACUUUGGACGACGUGCUGGUCAUGUGCUCGCCCUUUGGUUUGGAGAACUUUUAUAAGACCAUCAGCAUUGGAAAAGUGUCUAAUGUUAUGGGACGCAGUGGCUGCUUGUUUGCCAUUUCAAACGCUUUGCCCCUGGGCUGUGAAGGCUCUGCAGUGUUCAACAACAAGCUUCGGCUCGUUGGCAUUGUGAUAUGCACCUCAUUCCAACGCCAUCACGAAAACGUCAACCUCACACUGGCCGCGAACUUUGGCUACCUUUUGCGGAAUUUUAUGGAACAACUGGGCAUGUCUACUACAGAAUUCCAGCUAAGUCGAGAGCCGUCGAGCUUUGCCUGGGAGCGCACCAUUGUGGUCAUCGAGUCGGCGGGUCAGCAAGGUACCGGGACCUUCAUACGAGUCCACAACAAGCGCUUUAUCCUCACUUGUGCACAUGUGGUGGGACAGAAUACUGAGACUGUUAAUUGCCGUGCUGCCGAUAGCGAGUUCCAGUCUGAGGUGAUUUGGUGCAACCCGGACAGCGAUAAGCCCUUCGACUUGGCUCUACUUACAGCUCCGCAGGAUGUGCCGGAGCGAUGCUGCGUACGACUGGCCAGGAGUCCGGCCACCCUCGGGCAAAUGGUGUACAACGCCGGGUUUCCCUACUACGUUAACUUCAGCUUCAGGCACGACUUCAACCCUUCGAUUUUUCAAGGGAGGAUCAUCAAGUGCGACACCGGGGCCAUUAUGUCCGAUGGCAGCGUGCAGGCGGGCCAAAGUGGAGGACCGAUGUUCGACCAGAAUGGAUGCAUCCUAGGCGUCUGUGUGUCCAACAUUAAAUUAGACGACGUCGUCUACCCAAACAUAAAUACAGCCAUUCCUAUUUGUGAUAUCCGCAACACGUUGCAGCAGUUUGCACGCACCAACGACUUAAAUGUGCUUAGCAACCUGGUAGCCAGUCCAGAUGUACACCGCGUCUGGUCUAUGGAAAUGCCCCCCAUUCGCAGCAAACUCUGAGGAGAUCCGCGCAUUUUUCAUUGUUAACGGAACUGUAGUGUUUUUAUAUAAUAUGGCUUAUAUAUGUUAAUAUGGUAAGAAA